CUUCAAUUUAAGGGUAUGGCAAGGGAGGCUGAAAUGAUGUGUAUGUGGAUGCUUAAAAAUAACAAGCCUGUUGAUUUCUAUGAUGAUCUCAUACCUCAUGAGAUUCGAGACAGACACAUAGUCCGGUCCGGUACCUUGAAUUUUAUGGUCAGCAUGCUAGAAAAGUCUUCUGCUGAGCACAAGAUUGAUAAGGAAGAACCUGCUAGUAGAAGUGGUCCUCGUGGUGAUGGGUAUGGCAUUGCUGUUGAUGGAGCAGCAAACACCACAAGGGGCAGCAUGGAAGAAGGUUUUUGGGAGAAACUAUGGGGUUGGGAAAGGCUGGUCCCACUAUGCAGUUAUGUUAAGUGGUCUGACUAUGGCAGAUAUCUUGAGGAGUAUUACAAACACAAUGCUAAUGAGUUUGUUGCUGCUGCUGCUGCCAAGAAUCCACAAAAUACCAAUACUACUGAUAUGGGUGCUGCUGUUGCCAAAUUCUGUCUCAAGAUGGAGGAGGAACUCCUGCGGUGUAGCCUGGAUGACGCCAGCACUAUCAUUGAGAGUAGCCUGAUCAAGGACCGUGCAUUUAAAAUCUGUGGCACCAGGGAUAUUCCUUCUAUUGUUGCUUUUGUGUGUAUUAAAGAGGAGGCUGACCUGAUGUGUGAGCUGCUGAAGCAUGGUGCUAAGCCUUCUGAUGACAUCAUCCAGCUGAGCAGCGUGAUCCGCAUGUGCGCCUUGAGCCUUGUGUACCUCAGAGAACCCCAAUCUAUUGCUUCCGCCGCUGCAAUGGUGGGUAUGGCAAAUGAGGCUAAAAGGAUGUGUGAUUGGAUGAAGAGACAGAACAGGCUUAUUACCUUAAGCUUGCCUCAGCCUCGUGAGCUCCACCGGAGCUGCUUGAUCCGGAUGAAAGCCUUGGAUGUUAUGACCAGAAUCCAAAUACUGUUCGCACUGCCGCAACCUCGGACCAUCCUGAUGCUCUUCCAGAAGAAGGCGCCAGCUCCCAAGCUUCAGUCGAAGACACGCCCAAGCCCAAGCCCAACAAACCUGAUGCUCUUCCAGAAGAAGGUGCUGGCUCCCAGGCUUCAGUCGAAGACUCGCCCAAGCCCAAGCGCCGGCGCAAGCCCAACAAACCUGAUGCUGUUCCAGAAGAAGGCCCCGGCUCCCAAGCUUCAGUCGAAGACUCGCCCAAUCCCAAGCGCCGGCCCAAUCCCAACAAGACUUAAGCUGGCCCAGAAUGGAAAGUCUAGCUAUAAGAUGUAG